GUGGCGCAACACAAUCAUGAUAAAUUAGACAGUUGAACUUCACAUUCAAGAUAAUGGGCAUCCAUCAAUCACCAGAAAAAUGCAUAAACAAAUGAUUGAAAGAGAGAUAUUUCUCUCCCCACUUUGUCUUUUUUUGCCCAAUUUUGAAUUAUUCCUCCCCCCAGUUGUUUUCAGAAAAUAUUCCUGAAGAAGUUGUAGUUCCUUGCUUUAUUUAUAGUCACAAGCAUAGAUUCUCUCCCUAUAUGCUAUGCUGUAGUUCAUCUACACCCCUCAACGGUUCACCUAAAUUAUCGAAUCAAUCACUAUACAUGUUCAUUUCCUUUUUCUGUUUUUUCCAUUUCUCAUUGCCCUAAUUUUGAUGCUCUCUCUCUUUGCUGAUGAAAAGAUUGCCUGCUUUUUGUCCUUUUCAUGGAUGCCCUCUCUAGCUCUCUCUCUCUCUCUGUGGAUAAUUCAGCUUUCAUCUUCUGUUGCUUAAAAUGAGCUACUCGAAUUCAUCAAUGGGCUCUGGGAGUAGAACAGCUAGAAGGAAUGUUGAGUUUGGGAGGACUUAUGUUGUUAAGCCUAAAGGGAAGCACCAGGCUACUAUAGUCUGGCUGCAUGGACUUGGUGACAAUGGCUCAAGUUGGUCGCAACUUUUGGAAAGUCUUCCCCUUCCAAAUAUAAAAUGGAUAUGCCCCACUGCUCCAACGCGCCCUGUGGCUAUACUUGGUGGAUUUCCUUGCACUGCUUGGUUUGAUGUUGGCGAGCUUUCUGAAGAUUGUCCGGAUGAUUUCGAAGGUUUAGAUUCCUCAGCAGCACACAUCGCUAAUUUACUGUCCACAGAGCCUACCGACAUUAAACUUGGUAUAGGAGGCUUCAGCAUGGGAGCUUCAACUGCCCUCUAUUCAGCGACUUGCUUUGCGCAUGGUAAAUAUGGAAACGGCUACCCGUAUACUGUUAAUUUAAGGGCCAUUGUUGGCCUAAGUGGCUGGCUUCCUGGUGCAAGGAGUCUGAGAAACAAGAUUGAAGGAUCGCACGAUGCUGCAAGACGCGCUGCAUCACUGCCAAUUUUGCUCUCUCACGGACUCUGCGAUGAAGUGGUUCCUCACAAACAUGGAGAGAAAUCCUACCAUGCCUUGAACCUUGCUGGUUUCCGAAAUCUAUCGUUCAAAACCUAUGAAGGGAUCGGGCACUACACCGUGCCUAAAGAGAUGGACGAGGUAUGCAAUUGGCUAAACUCGAGGCUGGGGCUCUAGGGGUUAUUAUGAUCACGGAUUUAACUAAAGGACGACCGGGGGAGCAAUAAGAGGAAGGCGAGCGCGUAGAGUUAUACGAGUUGUGAGUUACAGAUUCGGCUACUUGGUUCAUACUUCAUAGUAAAAUAAAAGUUUUGGGAGUAAUAUUAUUUUCUAUGUAUUCUGCAGCAGUGAUUUUGUUAUGUAAUUCGAUUGGGGUGGGGUUAUUUUGGUGUUGGUGUUAGUGUUAGUUGGCUUUUUCUUUUGUAAUAUGGGAAGAAAAUAAGAUGGGGAUAUUUUCUUGUGUUUAUAAAUAUGGAAAAGACACAUUUCCUAAA